AUGGCUGCCGAGGAAGCCGCACAUGAUGAAGAGCUUCAGAAAGAUGCUCCAGGAAAGUCACAUCAGCCACAGAGGAAAGUGAGGACUCCACGAAUGCGAGCUGGCGCUGACACUCGACGAUUCUCACAAAUCAUCGGCGUUAAGUUACCGGCACCUCUUGACGACAAACUAACCGUAAUCUAUCAACAAGUUACCGAUCUCUCACCAUUGCCUCCAGAUUUCGAUUAUGGUCACAUGUUUGAAUCAUACAUAUGGCGAGCUAUUUUCUUAACCAGUUUCACUCUUGGAAUUCGAUUCGGAAACAUUGAAUUAAUCAGCAGUUUGUUCAUGGGAUUAUUAGGAAGUUUCAUAGUCUUUAUAAUUGCGUACGUACUCGUUCCAGCAGGAAUAGUAUAUGUCGACUCGCAAGCAGAAAAGAGGAAAAUUAACAUUUAUGAAAGACGAAUCACAUUAAUCGGUGUCGCUGCACUACUUGGAGUACUUGGCAGCGUUAUGAAUCAGCACUAUAUAAUCAAGCACCAGAGGCCUCCCUCAUAUUUCCUUCCAGGGUUGAUUUCCAUAACCCCACCCCCGUUCAGGUGGUUGGUCCUCGAUUUGCAAACAACCGCGUUCACUUCAUAG